GCUGACUUGAAGCAGUCUAUCUUCUUUGCUCUGGGGAGUGCGGAAGACACAGGAAGCAACAGGGUUGGGAGAGAGAGAGUGUGUGUGAGAGAGAGAGAGAGGCGGAGUAGGAACGCUGCAAUUUAAAAAGACAAUUGGAUUGACUGUUCUCAGACUUACACUGCAACCAUGGGGCUGGGAAGAGGGAAAGAGGAGUACAAGCUGGCGGCAACUUCAGAUGGCAAAGAGAAGAAACGUAAAGGGAAGAAAGGUAAAUCGGAAAAGGAUAUGGCUGAGCUGAAGAAAGAAGUUGACCUGGAUGAUCACAAGUUAACCUUGGAUGAACUUCACCGAAAAUACGGAACCGAUCUAAGCAGGGGUCUUUCCAACGCCAGAGCAAAAGAGAUCCUAGACCGUGAUGGCCCAAAUGCCCUCACACCUCCUCCCACAACACCUGAAUGGGUCAAGUUCUGUAAACAGCUGUUUGGUGGUUUCUCCAUGCUGCUGUGGAUUGGUGCUAUCCUCUGCUUCCUCGCUUACGGUAUCCAGGCUGCAUCAGAAGACGAACCUGCCAACGAUAACUUGUACCUGGGUGUUGUGCUUUCCGCUGUCGUCAUCAUCACUGGUUGCUUCUCCUACUACCAAGAAGCCAAGAGCUCCAAGAUCAUGGACUCCUUCAAGAACCUGGUCCCACAGCAAGCCCUGGUCGUUCGUGAUGGUGAGAAGAAGAGCAUCAACGCUGAGGAGGUGGUGGUCGGAGAUUUGAUAGAAGUGAAAGGUGGAGACAGGAUCCCAGCUGAUCUGAGAAUCGUUUCUGCCAGCGGCUGCAAGGUGGACAACUCCUCUCUGACCGGCGAGUCCGAGCCCCAGACUCGUACUCCAGACUUCUCCAACGACAACCCCCUGGAAACUAGAAACAUUGUUUUCUUCUCCACCAACUGUGUUGAAGGUACUGCAAGAGGAGUCGUCAUCAACACUGGAGAUCAUACAGUCAUGGGUCGUAUCGCCACCCUGGCUUCCAGUCUGGAGGGCGGCAAAACUCCCAUCGCUGUCGAGAUCGAGCACUUUAUUCACAUCAUCACCGGUGUUGCUGUCUUCCUGGGUGUUUCCUUCUUCGUCCUCUCACUCAUCCUUGGAUAUGGGUGGCUGGAGGCCGUCAUCUUCCUCAUCGGUAUCAUUGUCGCCAACGUGCCAGAAGGUCUCCUGGCCACUGUCACUGUGUGUCUGACCCUGAC